UUGAAUCCUCGUGGUACUUGGCGACAACCACAAUAAAAAUAUAAUUUCUUCCCACAAAUCAAGAAACAGUAACAGUCGACAAAUAAAGAAUUCCAAUUUCCAUAAUUAUUACAUCAACUCCAACGAUAAAAGUAUAUUCUUUCUCAUGCUUCAUCCGCUCUCUUCAAAAAUAUCUCUGCAUCUCUGAGUUGUGAAAAGAAGAGAGAAGAAAGAAAGCUACCCUUUUCUCCUUCUGCCAUGGCUGAGCCAAGGAAGUACAUUUCACAGGAAGAGCUUCAGAGUCACAAUACUCCUGGGGAUCUAUGGAUCUCUAUAAACGGCAAGAUCUAUAAUGUUACUGAUUGGUCUAAGGUCCAUCCUGGAGGUGAGCUUCCAUUGCUUAAUCUUGCUGGCCAAGAUGCUACAGAUGCUUUCUUUGCUUACCAUCCUGGCACUGCUUGGAAGCAUCUUGACAAAUUCUUUACUGGGUAUUUUCUCGAGGACUACUCUGUUUCUGAGGUAUCAAAAGACUAUCGAAAACUGGCUGCUGAGUUCUCAAAAAUGGGUCUUUUUGAAAAGAAAGGGCAUAUUACAUUGAUUUCUCUAUGCCUCACAGCAGUGCUGUUUGCUUUGACUGUUUAUGGGAUUUUAUGCUCCAACAGCACAUGGGUUCAUCUUCUUUGUGGUGGUUCAAUUGGGUUUCUGUGGAUACAGAGUGGGUGGAUUGGACAUGAUUCUGGGCAUUAUAAUGUCAUGAUUAGCCCUGAAAUGAAUCGUCUAGUGCAGAUCUUAACUGGCAAUUGCCUUGCAGGGAUCAGUAUUGGGUGGUGGAAAAGAAACCACAAUGCCCAUCACAUUGCUUGUAACAGUCUUGAUUUCGAUCCAGAUCUGCAGCAUUUGCCUUUCUUCGCGGUAUCUUCUAAAAUUUUCUGCUCAUUUACGUCUUAUUUCUAUGAAAGGAAGAUAAACUUCGAUUCUUUUGCUAGAUUCUUGGUUAGUUAUCAGCAUUGGACUUUUUAUCCUGUUAUGUGCUUUGCCAGGAUUAAUUUGUUUGCACAGUCUUUCUUGCUCUUGUUAUCCAAGAAAAGGGUACCCAAUAGGGUUCAAGAGAUUUUGGGAAUACUUGUGUUUUGGAUUUGGUAUCCUUUACUUGUUUCUUGCUUACCCAACUGGGGAGAAAGGGUGAUGUUUGUUCUUGCAAGUUUCGCAGUUACUGGGAUUCAACAUAUUCAAUUCUGUCUGAAUCAUUUCUCAUCCAGUGUUUAUGUCGGUCCUCCCAAUGGGAAUGAUUGGUUUGAGAAGCAAACAAAGGGCACACUCAAUAUAGAUUGCUCGUCAUGGAUGGAUUGGUUUCAUGGUGGAUUGCAGUUUCAGGCUGAACACCACCUGUUUCCCCGAUUGCCUCGCUGCCAGCUUAGAAAAAUCUCCCCCUUUGUUAAGGAGCUAUGCAAGAAGCAUAAUUUGCCUUACGACAGUGCAUCAUUCUGGAAUGCUAAUGUAAGAACAAUUCAGACUCUUCGAGCUGCAGCCUUGCAGGCUAGAGAUCUUUCAAAUCCAGUUCCAAGAAAUUUAGUUUGGGAAGCUGUUAAUACUCAUGGAUGAGAAAAUUGAGUUGGGCUAUCCAGUGAAAAGCUUUCUGAGGCUUCACUGCUGCAGUUAUUUAUGCUUAUCUGCUGUGAUUUUAGGUUGAUUUGAUUGAUCUGUCAAAUUCUUGGAGGCUUUGAUUGUUUGUCCUUGUAGUUUUUGAAUUAGUUUAAAUAUCAUUCAUCAUUCUUGCUGAUUACCCACAAGCCGAUGUAGUUGUUUCUCCUUGUGUUUAUGAUCAACACAGCAGCAAAGAAUUUAGUGAGAAUGUGAAGUAGUAAAUUUCCAUUUAGUGCUUUGUUUUCUGAGAGAUCAGUUUCCUUGUUUUUUAUUUGAUUUUAUCAGAAAGCCAAUGUAAAGCAAUUGGUCCAUUCCCAGAGUUGUUUUCAACUUUGAAGAUGAGCAAUUCUUUCUCAGCUAUUGAAAUUUCCUUUCUAAUUUAA